AUGUAUCGACAACAGCAUGGCGGCGCAGGCGCUGAUCAGCAGUAUCAUGGUACGGCCAUUGGCCACUUUGCGUCGCCUGUCUUUGGAAUCGACCCAGCAUUGCACGACAGUCAACACCUUCUACAGCCGACCUCAAAUGCUACGCCAACGCGACAGUCACCACAUCGAAGGAUCUCCUCCAAUGAAGGCUUGAUGCAGCCUCCAAACACGUCCUCUCCGCGCAACAGUCCAGCUCCUAAUUACAAGCCACGAGAUAGGGCCCGACCUCCCAGGCAUGUCACUGCAGAGACUAUUACCGAUACAUUCGUGAACUUCAUACUGUAUUGCAAUCCCAACUUUCCACUUGAUGUCGACACUUCAGCCCUCAGAACCAAUUUCCAGAGUCCACCAAAGAGCGACAGCAAGGACUUCGACACGUUUCGCCUAUUUGAGCUGGUCAAGAAGCUUGACGCCAAAGAGAUCAAGACCUGGGGUCAGCUUGCACUAGACCUUGGUGUUGAAGCUCCAGACAUCGCAAAAGGUCAGUCUACCCAAAAGGUGCAGCAGUACAGUGUACGUCUGAAGCGAUGGAUGCGAGCAACGCAUAUCGAUGCGUUCUUCGAGUACCUCCUGGGCAAGCAGCACUCUUACUUCAAUGAGAUUCCCCACCCGAGCGAUCCUUAUCCUACGACGGGCAGAGAUGGGGUCAUGGCGGAAGAGGAUCUCGCAAUCAGAGCACUUGACCCUUCGUUCAGACCAAAGCGAGGCAGACGACGAAACUCUGAGACGGAGCAAGACGAGGCGGCAGAUACCGAUCAACCUCACAAGCAGCCACGGCUCAACGAUAAUACAUCAUCCUUCUCUGCUGUGCCCAACUCUGCAGUGCCUAUGAGCGCACACCCGGACAGUUUCAACGACCCAUGGGCAGUAGCUUCGGCAGUAACACCUCAAAGCUUUGCUCCAUGGUCUGGCCGCCUCUCUGCGUCUGCAGUAUCAGCAACGUCGAAUCUAAGAUGGCAGCUCAGCCAGAGCCAGAACCCAAGCACGCCACAUCCAAUGAGCGCAGUGCCUGGCUCAAUGUCGGCGCGUAUUGAUGCAGCAUUUGACGGCAAACCCAAAUCCGCAGUCACGCCUUCCUCACGAAGACGGAGACGGCAUGGUCCAGCAGUGUCUAGUGCUUGGCCAUCCAACAACACGCCUGGUGCGAAGCCACGAGGUCGUCCUCCAGCGAACCGCAAUGUGCAAGAUGGCCCAUUCGGCACUUUCCCAGCUGAUCCUACGAAUGACAAGUCGAAAGGUCAUGUGCAGGAGCCAAAGUCUGCAGUAGAGCUUCCGACGCCACAAACAGUACCACCGACAUACACGAUGCCAGAAGGACGACCAGGAAGACUCUCGCUCCAGGUACCACCACACCAAGGUGGACCCGUGCGGCUCGCCACACCUCCAGCGUUGCAAGUCAAUGGCGAACAUCAAGAUCUCGAAACAAGAAGUGACUCGGAUGAUCCUUCGCGAGCGUCAAUGAUGAUGGUGCCGGCAGUGCAGGGCUCACAUGUUGGCGUCACGAUCGUUCCGGAUGAUGCACCACCUAGCUUCUCUUUCGAGGCUCUGAAGCGAGUGGUAGCGAGCGAUCUCCUUCGAGCGACUAUGCUUGGGCGGCGGCAGCGUCUCACAGGUGAUGAGGCCAAACGGCUUGCAGAUGCUGUACUCGACCGAUUAGCGGUACCUCGGUCAGAGUCGGGUCCAGCUCUCGAUGAUCUUGCUCGCCUCACAGCAGCCUCUUGGCUCGGAGUAGGUGAUCAAUAUGGCGUACCUCUGGGACCUUCUGCAGGACAUGGCAAGCGUAUCCAGGUAACUCGCUUUCGCACGGAUGCCGCCGGCUACGAGGAAAUCACCUAUGAUGAGGAUGAAGAAGGCGUCCGAGAACUUUUUGAUCUCUCGUGGCACGUCAGCCAAGGCGGCUGCAUGGGCACCUUUGAGAUGAAAGGUCUUUCAAUUGCUGGGCCGCCGGCACCAGAGCCAGAGACUACCCAUGAUAUGAUCUUGAGGAAAGGCCUAGAAGCUUUGCGGAGAAUGGACUCCAAAGACCUCCGGAAUGUCGAGACUGAGAACUGGCUGGAGAAGAAUAUGCUGGAUGUCGCGAGGUCUGUCGUGCAAGGAUCGACUGGCAAUGAUGACAAUGUCGAUUGGAAGGCGAAGUAUAGAGCUAUGGAGUUUGGCGCGAAUGUCGCCAAGGGCGAAGUGAAAAGAGUGCGGCAGAGGAUGCUGGAAAAGGUGUUGGAUGCGCUCCUAUGA